GAAAUAAUUAAGUGGGAAAAAAGAGAGCUAUCAUGUAUAUGUGUUUGUGUAUCGGCAUGACACCAAAUCAGAGAAGAAGCAGAGUAUAAACAUCACCACCUGCUCCAAAAGGAUUUUCAUUUACAGCAGCAAAUGGCCAAUAUUGGGGGUUGAUUCUUUUUUUCUUUUAUCUCUCUUCAACUUCGCUUUAGUUUAGCUUUCCUCCCAUAUAUAUUUUCUCCUUUAGAUUUCAUCUUUAAUCCAUACUCAAGAGCUUGGAUCCGCCCAUCUUCCAGCUGUGAGAUAAGAUUGCCCAGGAGGACUCAAAUUGCAUGUGGGGUGUUGGAGGUCUCUUCAAUUCAGAUUGGUUUGCAAGGAGAAAGGAGGGAGGUUUUCUUUGAGUAUGGCGGCUUCUUCUUCAUCCGCACCCUUCUUUGGAAUUAGAGAAGAGGAUCAGAACCAGAUGAAACAACAGCAUUCCUCUACUCCAGCUUCAUCUACAACUCCAGCCGCACCACCCCAGAAGAAAAAGAGAAAUCAACCAGGAACACCAUAUCCAGAUGCGGAGGUAAUCGCACUAUCUCCCAAGACCCUAAUGGCAACAAACAGGUUCAUAUGCGAGGUAUGCAACAAAGGGUUCCAAAGGGAGCAAAAUCUACAGCUCCACAGAAGAGGACACAACCUGCCUUGGAAGCUAAAGCAGAAGACUACAAAAGAACCAAAACGAAAGGUUUAUCUGUGUCCCGAGCCCACAUGCGUACACCACGACCCUUCCAGGGCUCUCGGCGACCUCACAGGCAUCAAAAAACACUACUCUAGAAAGCAUGGCGAGAAGAAAUGGAAGUGCGAGAAGUGCUCCAAGAGAUAUGCUGUGCAGUCCGAUUGGAAGGCUCAUUCGAAGACCUGCGGCACUAGAGAAUACAGAUGCGACUGUGGCACUCUCUUCUCUAGGCGGGACAGCUUUAUCACUCACAGGGCUUUCUGCGAUGCAUUGGCUCAAGAAACUGCUAGAAACCCUCCCAGUUUGAGCCCUACAAUGGGCAGCCAUUUGUACGGAAGCAGCAACAUGGGUAUAGGGUUAUCUCAAGUGGGUCCUCAAAUUACCUCAAUACAAGACCAGAACAACAGCCAAUCCAGUGAAAUACUUCGACUCGUUGGUGCCAGGCCAGGUCAAUUCGAUCAUCUCCUUCCCCCUGGGGUUGGUUCAUCUUUCCGAUCACCACAGCCGCCCUUGCCUUCUUCUGCCUUCUUCAUGCAGCCGGAUUCGAACCAGAACUAUCAUCAAGAACACCAAUCUUCACAAGGGUUUUUGCCAAACAAAUCGUUCCAUGGAUUAAUGCAGUUCUCUAAUUUUCAAAACAGCACAACCAGCACCUCUCCAACUGCAAGCAAUCUCUUUAACCUCAACUUCCUUUCCAAUAGCAGUACUACAAAUAGCAGCAGCAAUGCCAACAAUAACAACAACAACAACAACAACAACAAUAGCGGUCUUCCGUCUUCAGGUUUGCUAAUUCCUGAUCAUUUCGAGAAUCAAGAUGGCACUGGUGUUGGAGGGGAAGGAUCCAAUAUCUUUUCAGGUAACGUAAUGGCUGAUCAAAUCACUUCAGGCGUCCCUUCUCUCUAUGGCUCAUCGGUUCGAAGCAACAAAAAUGCCAUGCCACCUAUGUCUGCAACUGCACUGCUCCAAAAGGCUGCACAAAUGGGUUCAACAUCUAGCAAGAAUAGUGCCUCAUUGCUAAGAACCUUCGGGAGCUCUUCCUCAGGUGGCAACAAAUCUGAUAAUAAGCCGCUUGUUCCCGGCAGCUUAAGCAGCAUGUUUGGCGAAAAUGAGAAUCACCUCCAAGAUCUAAUGAAUUCCUUUGCCAGUGGAAACUCCUCCAUUUUCGGAAGUGGGUCUGGAGGGCUCGGUACAUUUGGUGGGUACGAUGCAAACAGGACCAAUGUAGAACACAUGGACGAACCGAAACUGCACCAAAAUCCCACAAUGAGUGUUGGAGGGUCAGAUAGGUUAACCAGGGAUUUUCUUGGGGUAGGACAGGUAGUGAGAAGCAUGAGCGGAGUUUCACAGAGAGAGCAGCAGCAGCAACAACAACAACACCAGCACCAUCACCAGCAGCAGCAGCAACAACAACAUGGCAUGGACGUCAUGAGUUCCUUGGACUCAGACAGAAAUACUGCGCCGUCAAGCCAAUCUUUCGGAGGUGGAGGGAAUUUUCAGUGAUUAAAAAGGAUGAGCUAUACGCUGCUGCGAAAAGAAAAGUCGUACAGAGAAACAACAAGCUGCCGUACUAUCACAGCUAUAUAUUAAGUUCAGGCUGUUUGCAGGGACUCAAAACUUAUGUCACUGCGGAUGCAUCUUUCUACCAAUCCAAUUCAGUUUUUGGAUAGCGGCAACAGGCUAGAUAGGCAACUAAAGCUUCGUCAAGCCACAAUCUUAAUUAGGAUCUUUUGCAUGCGCUACCUUCAAGUGUAUUGGGGUUUUGAUCAAUCCCAGCUAUAACUUUUUGGAUCGUACGUAGUUGGAGUGACUUUAGCAAACAAUACAUUUCUCA